AUUUUCACGGUACACUUUAUCAGCACCGGUUGCCAACCAAUAGAACCGACACCAGUAGCCAAGAGCUCCAUAGGUUGCAGUCACUUGCGCGCGCGUGAGUGCAUUGACCUGUCACGAUGAAGCGCCGCGUUGCAAUUAAGCGCGGAACAGCAGCCCAGCCGCAGCGCAAGAAGCGCGCACUGGGCGACGAUGCCUUCGACUGGGGCAAGGGCGACUCGAACGAUGUGAUCGCGUCGGACAGCGAGGCCAGUGCACAGGCCAGCGAUGGCAGCGAGGACGAGAGCGAGGAGGAGCAGAAGGAGACAGCGCAAGAAAAGCGUUUGCGACUAGCUAAGGAAUACCUGGGUAAAAUCACGGCGCAGGAGGCUGGUGGUACCGACGAUGAGAGUGACGAGGGCGACGGCGUGGAGGAGCGUGUGGGUGCGCGGCUGCAACAGGACGCACUGGAGGCGAUGGGCAAGCUCUUUAAGAAGGUGGCUGCCGACUACACCGAGUUUGAGUUCGAUGCUGACUCCACCAAGUUCCUCAAAGGCCACCGUCUGCCUGUAACCAGCCUGUGUCUGCUGGAGGACGGCAAGACAGCUUUCUCGGCCGCUAAGGACGGAUCGCUGCUGCGUUGGGACCUGGCGCAGCAGAAGAAAACUAAGCUCACGUUACCCAAUGACGACGUUGCAGCCGAGAAGGCCACGACGGACAAGGAUCGCUGCAUUUUGGCGCUGGCAGCCAGCUCGGACGGUAAGUUUCUUGCUAGCGGCGGCCGCGACAAGCUCGUGCGUGUGUGGGAUGUGGAGAAAGGUGAACUGCAGGAGAGCUUCGCAGGACACCGCGACGCUGUGUCGGCUCUGGCCUUCCGUCUGAGAUCGCACUCGCUGUUCUCGGGAUCAUUCGACCGUUCCAUUAAACACUGGAACCUCACGGAGAUGGGAUACGUCGAGACGCUGUUCGGCCACCAGAGCGAGGUGAACGGACUCGACAGUCUGUACAAGGAGCGCGUGGUUAGUUGUGGACGCGAUCGUAGUGUUCGUAUGUGGAAGAUCCCGGAAGAAACGCAGCUGGUGUUCUAUGGUAACUCGGGCUCCAUGGACUGCGUCAAGAUGGUCACGGACGAGUACUACGUCACGGGUGGAGAUGACGGCUCUCUCUCGCUUUGGUUUAAUGGUCGUAAGAAGCCUGUGUGCGUCAUUCCGAACGCCCACGACGGCAAAUGGAUCAGCAGUGUGGCUGUCAUGCCACGAACGGACCUCAUUGCAUCCGGAUCAAGCGAUGGUCAGAUUCGGUUGUGGCAAGCUGACCUGCAGGGACGCACACUGACCCCCGUUGCUUCGAUCCCGUUGGAGGGCUUCGUGAAUGCGCUGAGCUUUGACGCGAAGGCUCGAUUUCUGCUUGCUGGUGUGGGUCAGGAACACCGUCUUGGCCGAUGGGAAAAGCUGAAGGUCAAGAACGGCAUUGCGAUCAUUGCUCUGCCCAGCAUAGAUGGUGAGCAGGCAGAGGGCGAGGACGACGAGGGAGAGGAGACGGGGAGCGACGAGCCUUAGAGGCAUCAAUCUUUUCUUCAUAAUAGCAUGUUCCUGCCUUAGCAGCAUACAGAACUUCCACACAACCACCGUGCGCAGGUACAUUGCGAGUAUGUGGCUAAUGUGUCGUCGUUUCAUUGAUAGCAGGGUACGUAUGAAGAAGCUAAGCUACUAGUAACAUCCUAACCAAAGCGAAUCGAAGACACGCCACCGGGAGGGGCGUGGAUCCUUGUGAUGCGACGGUCGGUCAGCACGUUGCCUGAGUUCUGGUUGGCACCGCAAGCGUAUUGGUUCGAGGAAGCUCCUGCACGUGCUGCGGGCUGAGAUUGCUGGGCUGCAGGUUGGUUGAUAGUGCUGCGAGUGUCCUUCGCGUACGGGUUGGACAGCUCAGGGCUCUCUACCUUACGGCGAUUCGACUGGCGCUCGUGACCAGCGAACGGACUUGAGCCAUCACCACCGCCGUAGAUCAAAGACCCCACUGACGAACCUCCACCUGGUGGCGCAUGCAGACGAGUGCUGGGCUUGUCCCGCAGGAAGUUGUCGACGUUCUGUGUAACCUGGUAGCCUGAGCGAGCCAUGAUAUCGAAGCGACUGAGAAUGGACAGGACUGGCAAGUUGAGGAGUGAGCUAUUGACUACAAUGCUCUUAGCAGUCUUGUAGAAAUAGAACUGCGAUCAGGAGGUCCAACAAGCCUGAAAUAGCGUGCCGGAUUCCUAGCUGGUCGAUCCGCUGGAGGAAUCCUUGUAACAUGGCACGAGAAUAGCUCGCACUCUCGAGACAAAUAUAAAAAAGCAAACCGUCUGAAUUG